AUGUGGGCGCUGCCCCCUCAGCUGCCCGCAGGCGGCCGCUCGCUGGGGGUCUUCGACUUAGGCGAAUUUAACUCAUGGAGGCUGCAGCAGCCUUGCGAGAAGCUGCUGCCUCAGCAGCAGCAGCAGCAGCAGCAGCAGCAGCAGCAGGUACAAAGGCGCCCCGAGGGGGAGCUCUGCUGCUGCGGCAGGGUCCUUGCUGCUGCUUUCGAAGUGGGGGCCCCCGCUGGCUGUUCUUUUUCUAUGGAGGAUCUUGAUGAGGCAGCUGAGACAGUGCAGCAGCAGCAGCAGCAGCAACGGCGACUGCUGCUGCUGCAGAGCUGCUGCAGCAACUCUGCAGCACCCUACGAUCCACUCGCCUUUCCUACACUUGCCAGCAGCAGCACAGACAGCUACAGCAGCAGCACAGACAGCUACAGCAGCAGCAGCAGCAGCAGCAGCGGCUGUGGGGUGGGAGGAUACUCAUCUGUUUUGAGGGGCCCCCUAGGGGCCCCCUUUGGCCCUAACGGUAGCAGACGUUGGAGGACAGAGGCAGCAGCCACAGCAGCAGCAGCAGCAGCACCUGCUGCUGCUGCUGCUGCUGCUGCUAUUUCCCCUGUUAAUGGGGGGCCUCGAGGAUAUACAUACUUGUCUUCUUCUUCUCGUUCACAGUUUAAUCCAGAUAGGGGGGCCCCCUGGGGGCCCCCCUUUCAUCGGGGCCCCCCUCUUGGGGGCCCCCAGCUUGGGGGCCCCCCUCAUGGGGGCCCCCCUUCAUGGGGGACCCCUUGGGGGCCCCCACGGGGGCCCCUGCGUUCAUUAGAUUUGCCUGGGGCCCUGCAGCACCCACGGCUGCAGCAGCCGCUUCAUUGGGCCCCUCAUUCUCAGCAGCUAAUAACAGCGCUGCUGUCUGCUGUUUAUUUUGCUGCUACAGAUAAACAGUGUGCCCCCAUAACGGAGCCCGCCCCCCUUUGGCCUUCUACAGCGACGCAGCAGCAGCAGCAGCAGCAGCAACACCAGCAGCAGCAGCAGCAGCAUGGGAGCCUGCAGCAGCAGCAGCACCUCCAUCACCGUGCUUCUGCUGCUGCAGCACACUCCCCCAACGGCCUGCACCCAAGCCAUUACCUGCAACAAUCACCGCAGCAGCAGCAGCAGCAACAGGAGCAGCAGCAGGAGAUGCUUAUAGGGUCGGGGGCCUCCUUUAGGCUGACAGAGGGGGGCCCCCUGGGCCCUAAUAUUGAUGUUGCAGCAGCAGAGGGCGCGCUGCUGUCUCCUGCUGCUGCAGUGUCUCCACAAGGAGACACUGCAGCAGAACAGCUCGUUACUUGUCUUCAGUUUGCUGCUGCUAAUGAAGCAUUCUUAGCAUUAGGUUUUGCUUCCGGUGCUGUGCAGCUUUGGCUGCUGCCCCCUACCCUUGGGGGGGGCCCCCAUCAAGGGGCCCCCGUCUCAGAAGAGGCCCCUGCUGCUGCGUUUUGCGUUGCUGCUGUUGCUGCACAUACACCUGGUGUCUCUCCCUGCGGCACCGAGCAGCGCAGCACCCUCCUGGAGGCGUUGGCCGAGCUGCAGCAGCAGCAGCAGCAACAGCAGCAGCAGCAGCAGCAGCACUGUACUCACUGCUGCUGCUGGGAAGGCCUCAAGGGGGCCCCUGAGGUCUCUGCCCUAGCUUGGCACCCGAAGGAGCUGCUGCUUGCUGCUGCGCAUGCAGACGGAAGAGUUGAGCUGUGGCGGGUGGACGUACACCCCACAGCAGCAGCAACAGCAGCAACUAGCGCAGGAGGAGCAGCAGCUGCUGCUGUUGCUGCUGCUGCUGCUGCUGCUGCAGCAGCUGCUGCUGCAGGCGGCGUGACAAUGCAGCACCUUCACUCGUUUCUUUUUUGCUGCUCCCCCUCUCCGUCUCCUUUUAAUAGCUGCUUAGAGUUGCUAUCUAGGGGCCCAGCAGAGAGACAGAGUAAUGCUGAUAUCUCUGAUAUGCUGCUGCAUUCGCCUGCCUGCUUGGUGUGGGGCCCCGAAGGAGACACUCUUGUUGUUGGCAGCAGGGAGGGGGCCCUCCUCUUGUGGUCUCUCGACACCCUCAAGCAGUACCGCCGGGCCGCUGCUGCUGCUGCUGCUGCUGCUGAUGGUGCAGCAGCAACAGCAGCAGCAGCAGCAGAAGCGGGGCAGGGCUCGUGUAUCUCUUUAAGUCGGGCUUCCGAUGGGGGGGCCCCUCUACAGGCAGCAGACGAGGGGCCCUGUCUCCAUUGUCUGAACUUUGCUGGCCCUUCAACAGACGCGCUGGGGGCCCCCGGGGGGCCCCAGGGGGGGCCCCCUGGGGGGGCCCCCAAGGAGACAGGAGGCCCCCAGCUGCGAGGUGGUUCUUCUCUAAAGACAAUCAGUGAGGCCUCAACUCAACCCUCCAGUGCCUCGCCCCCAGAUACACCCCUUGGAAGAGAUGCUGGGGGAGCCCAGGCCCCGCAACAGCAGCAGCAGCAGCAGCAGCAGCAGCAACAGCAGCAACAGCAGCAGCCGCAGCAGCAGCAAGGGGCCGCUGCUGCAGCGUCUAGACUUGAGAGCACAGGAGGCGUGAACUUCGAUCCCGAUCCCCUGGGAUCGGGAUCGAUCCCAAGAGGGCCCCCUGUGGGUCUUCGGGGCCCUCGCAGCAGAGGGGCCCCCCUCAGGCUGCUGCAGUCUUUCUUACCCCACAAUGGGGGCCUCCAAAUGUUUAUACAACCCCCUCAAGGAGCAGCAGGCAGCUUCCCGCUCCCUGCAGAGCCCCAGGGGGCCCCCAAUACCCUGGGGGCCCCCAGUACCCUGGGGGGCCCCAGUACCCUGGGGGCCCCCAGGGUUCUUGUGUGCGGUAGUUGGCAGCUUGGGGUUUGUUCGGUUGUUGUUGGGGCCCACGGAGGGCGCGUGCGGUGUCUCUCCUUCUGCAUGCAUGACCACAGAGUGCUGCUGUCUUCAGGGGACACUGCAGCGCGCGCUGCAGCAGCUGCUCCAGCAGCAGCAACUGCAGCAGCAGCAGCAGCAGGGGGAUCGGGGGGCAGCAGCCGCUUAAAGCUCUGGGCUCGUAAUGGGGAGAGCCUCAGCCCCACCCCUUUAUUAGAUAUCUACUUCGAAGGCUACGUAACGUCUAUGUUGUGGAGUCGGCUUACUGGGGAGCUGCUGCUGACCCACAGCUGGAGGAGGCCCUCAGGGGGGGGCCCCCAUGGGGCCCCCAGCAGCAGGUUGGGGCCCCCCUCAAAGACCAGGGGCCUCGGGCACAAAGGCAAGGGAGGUGUGACUGUGUGGCGCUACUCUGGAGACUGCGGAAAGAGCAGCAUUGGGGCCCUGCAGCAGCAGCAGCAGCAGCAGCAGCAGCAGCAGCAGCAGCAGCGGCAGCAGCAUGAUGAGUGGGGGACGGGGUGGUGUGGGGCCCCAGGGGCCCCACCUGAAUGUUCAUCUCUGCUGCAGCCUUUAUUAGUGAAGGUGGGGGGGUUUGGGGAGAGGCCAGUGCGGCGCGACAGCAGCAGCAGCAGCAGCAACAACAGCCGCAGCAGCCACAGCAGCAGCAGCAACAACGCGCAUAGCCCGAGAUCUGCAGCAGCAACAGAAAGCUUGCUUCCUAGUGUCUCUUUGCUGUCUCCUUUGUGGUAUGCUGGGUCUCAGAGGCCGUUCUCAACUCCUUAUAGCGGGAGUAGGGGGGCCCCAACUAGGGUAUGGGGGGCCCCCCCAGCAGCAGAGGGGCCCCCAGAGCAGCAGCAAGAAGCAGCAGAUGCUUACAGUGAAGCAGAUAAUGCUGCUUGUCUUGUACAGAGUGCGGAUGGCUCUGUUAUACUAUACUGGUCUCUCCCUGCUGAGGUUAUUGUUGUGUGGGGCCUCAGAUCAGCAGGGGGGGGCCCCCAACCCUGA